CUACAACAGCGCUGUUCUCCCUCGCUGCCUGGCGCGCUCGCGUACUCGUAGGAACUGUGGUCGGGGACAACCUGUGUUUCUCAAAUGGCUGGCGGCAUGUUUACGCAUGCGGACAUGCGCGGCAUUUCGCGCGGACAGUGCACGUCGAUCGGCUGCGAUUGCGACGGCUUCACCCGACCGUCGUCGUUGGACGCUUUGCCGCGUACAAGCCGCUGUUGUCCCGUGCGGCUGGUGCAGCUACUGUGGCCACUCACCGGUCAAUCACAGCCGUGUUGCAGAAAACAGCGCAUACGAGGAGCAGACACAGCAGGUGGACGUUUCACACUUAUCUGGCGUUCAAGAAAACCUGGAGCAGCAUUCCACGCCUGAAGCAGAUCCACACCCGGAGCCAAGUCAACAGCCAGAUGUGAAUCCACAGCCACAGCAAGAGGUGACCUGCAUUUCAGAAUCAGACAAACCUCGUCUGAAACUGGAGCCAGCAGAUUCCAAGCCUGAACGAAACUCUGAGCUAGAGCAAAGUUCACAGUCUGAGCUGUGCCCGCAGCAGGGGACAAGUCCACAGCCGGAGACGAGUCCAAAGCAAGAGCAAAGAUCACCCACACCUACGAGGAAAAGGCAUGACAAAGAGGAAGCCCUGACUUGUUCACGUAUUGUGGCACGAAGCUUGAAACGUCUGGCGGAAAAAAAGGCGGAGCUUGAAAGGCAGCGAGACUACUUAGAUGCCGAAGACAUUCCUGAUGCUGAGCUUCGGACCACUCGACUCCUUUUGGAUAUCCGCAGAGACCAGUGCGACAGCAAUCACGAGCUGAAGCAGAUAAGGCACAACAUGCAGCUGCUGUUGGACGGGCAGGCGCGAUUGGAGGCCUCGUCGAACCAGAACACACAUUCUCUGCAGCCAUCUCCAGUCAGGCUGCCGAAGAUGCCCGCAGAAACGCUGGAAGAGUUCGAAGCACUAGAGGAAGCUGUCCAAGAUGAUGAUGUGGCUGCAGCCUUGCGCGAACAUCUUCUUCAGUUCGGGGGCUCCAAUUUACGAGAGGUGGCAACUACCGUGAUGAAGAGGAUUAUGGGUCACAAGGUUCAGCUACUCUAUAGCCUGCAUGGAAAAAAGGGCAAAAAGGCCUUUAUAGACAUGCGGAUAUGCAGCAUUGCAACAGACAUCAUAUGCAGGAAGCAGAAGGCGGACGUGGCAGAGGUGCUCGCAUUCAUACGAAGAUGGCUGCCAGGCUCAAUUGACAGAUGUGGCGGCAGGAAGAGAUGUUAUGAGGAAGACGUUAUCGGAGUUGGCAGCAGUCCACUGCAAGGCUCUACACCUGCUUCAGUGGCCAUUGUGCACAGUUCCUCCCAUGUAAAUUUCUAAAAUUCUCUGGACGUGCAACACUUGACACAAGGCAGGAAAAGGUGGGAUAGGAGAUCACCCCCCACCCUGUGAUAUACUUCCAGCUAAAAAUGUGUUCCUAAGAUGAGGCGAUCCUGGAAUGAGGUGUUCCUAGGAUGUGCUGUUCCAAGGCCUGUGUGGCCUUCCCGUUCCUUGGUAGCUUGUGUGGCUACCUGUAAGUUCAAAGUGCAUGGUUCUGUGAUUCUGUUUUAUGAUUAUAAACUUAAUAGUUUAUGAUCAAGACUUGUGAUAAAAAGAAGCUUUUAUGAUUUUAUGUU